AAUUGUGAAUGACUUUAAAGAAAUGAUCUGGAAGCUUUUGUCAAACAGAAGUUGGGUAUAGCAAUUUCUGAAUGAUUUUCUUAUUACAUUCAUAAUGGUAAUAUUUGCUAUAGGAAUGUGAAUUUCAGAGUGGUUAUUUUUAGAUAGUCCAUCAAUAAAAUAUUGCCCAGAGAGCAUGAGAGGUCUCAGACAGCCUUAAGGCUGGUUAUAAAUGAAUAGUCCAGAAGCUAGGCAGCCUGCCUGAUCUAUAUUGCUUAUCUAUUGCUGCACAACACAUCGUUCUAAAACAAGGUGGCUUAAAACGGCAGUAAUCACCUGUUAUUUCUCAUGGUUUCUGUGGGUUAAAAUUGUCUGUAGUCUUACUCAUCACAGAUCUAGGGGUGAGGGUCUGUUGUGGAUAUUGAUUGGAAGGGCCAUGUGGGCCAUUUUCAUGUUGCCUGGGCUUCCUUACAACAUGGUGGCUGGCUUCCAAGAACAAGUGUCCCAAGUUAGAGGCUGAGCCAAGCUGAAGUCAUUUUGCCUUUUAUAUCCUACCUCAGAAGUCAUGCAGCAUUGCUUCCUCUGCAUUUUAUUGGCAGAAGCUGUUACAAUGCUCCAUCCAGGUUUAAAGAGAAGGAAAUAUAGACAUCACAUUUCAUUGGAGGAUUUCCAAUAUUGGAUUUUAAUGGGUAUAUGCAAGAAGGGGAGAGAGGGAGAAAAAGAGAGAGAGAGUGUAUGUGUGUGUGUGUGAUUUACAUUGAUGCAUAUCACCAUGCUUGGAAAAUACAACCUGCUAUUCCAUCUGAGGUUUCUAAAAAUUGCCAGGGACUGGAAAACCAGGUAGGAAGCAAUGAGUCACAUUUGUCUCCGGGAAGUAAUUUAUUAAACAUGACAGGGGUUGGGCCAGCUCACAAGGAGAGACUGUAUUCUGUCUCUUUUAUAUUGGUGAAUAUAUUUUUACUGAGAAACUGGGAAUUUGCUUUGUGGAACAUGAUUAGAAACAGCCUUAUAAAUGAAACAACUGUGUCAAGAAUAGGAUUAUAACAGUUUGCAAAUCUAGAGAUUUGGGCAUGUUAAAGCACAAGGCUAAGCUUAGUUGUUGACAGAAGGACAUCUCUGGAAGUUGCUGAAUGCUUUACAGUGAUGUUGUUUGUUGUUUGAGUAGAAUCUGCCUUAAGUGCUGGGCACCUAGGCUGUAGGAUAUCCAUCCACUAGUUGUCUGAUGUUAUGGAGGGUUCCCAGACCACAGGCAGCUGUAAUCACAUAGCAGUUGACCCAGACUGUUGCACAUGUUCCAGAGAUCAAAGAUUGUCUUGAUUUUUUUUUUAUUGGUUCAAUUCAACACUUAUUAAUAUGUUACUAGGAUCAAAGUACACAGAUGAACAAGGUCUUCUCUGUCCAGUAAGGGAUCUACAUGCAAAUAGGCCAUUUCACUACAGGAUAGGAAGUGCCAUGAUAAAAAGUAAAAGAAAGACAAGUCUUCUAGACAGAGGAAAAACCACUUGAAAAGAAUAGAGUGAGGAUGUCACAAGGACUAAUUAUAAAUAAGAGGACAAAAUGGGAAGUCAUAGAAGUUGAAGGCUUAUAGGGUGGUUGACCAGAUUGACACGCUGACCUCUGACCUGCAGCUGGAGGAUGAGAUGACCGACAGCUCCAAAACGGACACGCUGAACAGUAGCUCCAGUGGGACGACAGCCUCCAGCCUGGAGAAGAUCAAAGUGCAGGCCAAUGCGCCGCUUAUUAAACCCCCAGCCCACCCGUCCGCCAUCCUCACGGUCCUGAGAAAGCCAAAUCCUCCACCGCCUCCUCCACGGUUGACACCCGUGAAGUGUGAAGACCCGCAAAGGAUAGUGCCAACCGUUAAUCCCGUAAAGACCAAUGGCACCCUGCUGCGAAACGGAAGCUUACCCGGUGGACCUAACAAAAUUCCCAAUGGAGAUAUCUGCUGCAUCCCCAACAGUAACUUGGACAAGACUCCAGUGCAGCCUCUAAUGCACAGACCUGAAAAAGACAGGUGUCCCCAGCCGGGGCCUCGAGAACGGGUUCGGUUUAAUGAAAAAGUACAGUACCACGGCUACUGUCCGGACUGUGAUACCCGGUAUAACAUAAAACCCAGGGAGGUCCACUCGCACAGUGAGCCCACCCACCCGCCAGGAAAGAGUCCUCACCAAGGCCCUCCUCUCCCUCCUCCUCCCCACCUCCCUGCUUUCCCACUAGAAAACGGGGGCCUGGGAAUAAGCCACAGUACCAGCUUCCCCCCUCUCAGACCCGCAACUGUGCCUCCUCCCACUGCGCCCAAACCACAGAAGACGAUCUUGAGGAAAUCAACCACUACGACAGUGUGAUGUAUGCCAUUUAAAAAUAACUUUUCGGUUCUUUUUAAAAUUUUCUAUAUCAUAAGCAUAAAAUCAUAAGUAAUGAGCACUUUCUACUCAAGCAAUAAAAUCCCCAAACAUAUUAAUCCUGCAUUCAGCAAAGUGGCAUAAAAAUCACCUGGUAAGUAUGCAGCCGGUGUGCUGCUAAUAGACUGGGUAGGCGUUAUUUUAAAUGUUGUAUCAUCAUAAACCCCGGAGUGCUGAAAAAUACGAAUGCAUUGAUUUCACAAUUGACCUGUGACAGACUGUGACCUGCAGAUUUCAAAUAGUUUGAUUUACUAGAAGGGGCGGGAUCUGAUUCAUUUUAUUCACGACUAAUUCAUCUAUGCAUUGAUAACACGUCAUACUCUUUGAUCUAAUACUUUUUACUAAGCAAUUUUAAUACCGAAGGACUAUUUUAUUAUUUUUUUCUAAAGAUGUUUGUCACUAGUUUUUCAUUAUGGAAUGCCGAGGACAAUACCAAAAAGUUUAUUUUCUAUACUAUACAAUUAUGAAUUAUAUGUUCAGCUACAUGUGUAAUAAAAAUAUUUUCAUCUUUGGAAAUAUCAUUAUGUCAAUAAACGGUAGUAAAUAAUGGCGAAA